AGGGAUUUCCUGGGGUUUUCCAAACCAUUUAUCUUCAUCUUUUUCCCAACAACAUUCGACGCUACUGCGUAUAAAUGUUAGAGACCCGUCACUCGCCUUCAGAAAGAAAUCAGAAUGCUGAGAGUGAAGGUUACUCCAAUAUGCCUCCUGGUGGCCAUGGUGGGCGCUAUGACGGACAUCAAUACGGUGACUGACGGCCCGAUUCACACCACCGAGCUCAACAUCCCCACCGGGCCGAAAAUCUACUAUCUGCAUAUUAAGUCCGAUAUCAGAUUCAGAUUUGCUACGACAGUUGUAACAAGCAAGCUGGUAAAUCCUGAUACUCGGGCACAUCAGACCACAUUUGAAGUCACUCUUCCUAAUGAAGCUUUCAUCACAAACUUCACUCUAUCUGUGAGGAACCAAACUUACGCUGGCGAGGUGAAGACAAAGGAAGCGGCACGUCAGGAGUACGAGUCGGCGGUGACACAAGGCAGGACAGCGGCCCAUAUAUCUGUGAGGCCAAGGGAGACAAACAAGUUCAACAUUGACGUUAACGUGGCUGCUGAAGAAAAGUUGACAUUCGAACUCCGUUAUCAGGAACUGCUACAGCGGAAGCUGGGUGCCUACAAUCACGUGAUCUACGUGAAGCCUGGGGAGCCUGUGUCUGACCUGCGUGUUGAUGUAGACAUCUUUGAGUCAAGGGCGAUAAAUAAUCUCAAAGUUCCACCAAUUAGAAAUGAUCUUCUCACCAACAUCGACAUUACGUCUACGAAUGACUUGGCUGUGAUUGAACACAUAUCGGACCGGAAUGUCCACAUCCGAUACCAACCUAACAUGGAACAGCAAACUUCUGACGGGAUAGACGGCCAGUUUACGGUCUCCUAUGACGUAGAGAGACAGACAGAUGGUGGCGAUAUUUUGAUGGUGAAUGGAUACUUUGUACACUUCUUCGCUCCGAGUGGCCUUGAACCGAGACCAAAAGACAUUGUGUUUAUACUUGACAAGAGUGGAUCUAUGCGCGGCACAAAAUUCCAACAACUAAAAGAGGCUAUGCUUACCAUUUUGUCCCAAAUUGAUCCAGUAGAUAAGUUUAACAUCAUAACAUUUGACAGCAGUAUUACCAGGUGGAGAGACGACCACCUCGUGCCUGCAUCUGAAAGUGCCAUACAACAAGCAAAGAAAUACGUGAACAACUUACGUGCAGUUGGCGGUACAAAUAUCCAGGCAGCCAUGCUGGAUGGUAUUUCGCAGUUGGAAUUGCGGACUGACAGAAGUCGAUCUGCUGUCAUUAUUUUUUUAACCGACGGAGAAGCAACCACUGGCGAAACAACCCCCAAAAGAAUAUUAUCUAGAGUUGCUGAACGUAACGAAGACAGAGUACCUGUGUUUUCAUUAGCAUUUGGACGAAAUGCAGAUUUUAACUUGGUUAAGCGAAUGGCGGUACAGAACAAUGGUUUCGGCAGGAAGGUAUAUGAAGAUUCUGAUGCAAGUCUUCAAAUAUCAAAUUUUUACACCGAAGUUUCAACUGUCCUUUUGAAAAACGUUACAUUUAACUAUCUCAACGGUACCGUUGUUCCUGAUACUUUAAUAUGCGACUUGAGCGGACUAUUGAAACUCGGGUCCGAAUUAGUUGUUUCGGGUAGAUUAUCUAGUGAAGAAGUCGUUGAUUUACAACCACAUAUUACAGGUAUUGGUUCCAAUGGCCUGGUAAAUCUGAUUGUUCCUGACACUGCAAUCACAACACAGUUAGAUAUCACCCAAGACUCCGAUAUCAUCGCCAUCACAGAAAAGCUGUGGGCCUAUCUUACGAUAAAACAAUGGACUAGACAGAUGGAGGCCGCGACCAAUAAAGAAGCCGCGGAGGAUUGGAGACGGAAUAUUACUGAAAUGGCUUUAAAGUAUCAUUUUGUAACGCCCAUGACUUCUAUGGUGGUGACCUUACCUGAUGAACUGAAAGUUUCUCCGAUUAAAGUUGAGGAAGAUGAAAUACCCGUUGAAGAGGACGAUAGCAUGCAACCUCCCAUUAUGACAGCGAAGUAUAAUAGUGGUGGAAGAUCUGGUAUGACACCUUUAAGCGGUGGUGGAGGAAUGGUUGGGCCAUCUCUAAUGCAUGCUAGAACAUUUACUCAGACAUCUGGAAGCAUCCCUCUGCAGCGAUCUCGAACCUCCUAUGAUACCUAUUAUACAUCACGCAAACGACAAGGGUCAAGACAACCACUGAAAAAAAAGUUCUGGCAAGAGGAAACACCGACUAACAGUCAUGACCAUAUCAAGACCUUCCACCAUACAAACAUACCUACCACACACCACGACAGUAACCUUACAAGCACGCCUACCAACGACCACGGCAGUAGUACCAGAAACAACCCAUCCGACGUCAACAAAUGUCCCAACUACCACGUCAGCAGUAAAUGGACCUUCAACCACAGGAACCGUCCAGCUUACUACCAGGGCACCUAUCAGCAAGAAAAUGAUUCGGACUAGGACUAAGGCUUCAGAUUACACUCUUGUUGCCGUGAAGGGUGUGGAUUUGCCGCUGUGCUUUAGGAAUCCUGAUGACUCAAUUGUUGAUACAACCACAAUGUACAACUUAUCAAUGGACCCAGAGACUGGGACGUCCGUGAGUGUAGGUUACACGUUUUACGGGUCUGGUAGACGGAGGAGAUCUCGCAUCACGCGCAUAAUAUUUACAACAUCGACGAAUACCACCACCGAAAUCAUUCCCGGGUUCCGUAUUGAUGACGGUGUUCGCCAGAGAGCUCCGUUCUAUUCCCUUAUUUGGAAAAGGAAACAACCUCAAAUGGGAAGUGAUCAGCAAAAAGAAAAAGCUGACUCUUCUUGUAGAUUGUACCAGCAAUACAAAUCGGAAUAUGGAGGGAUCCCUGGUGAUCCCGGUACGAGGGAAAGUGCGAUCUAAAUCUAAAUCUAAAACAAAGCUGAUUUUGAAUGUAGAGAAGGGAGGAUCCAUGUUGAGGCUGAAGACACGUGUCAAAUUCAGCAAACCCAUGCAGUGCUGGGUAACUAAAACAAACCUACUGUUGAACAUUUAAGACUUUUUAGUGUGAAAAUUAAAUGAACAAUCACAGCGAACUUAUUGAAUACAAAAUACUUCAUAUUUGUCUUUAAUCUAAACAAUUUGUAUAAGAAGUUUGUGACAAGGUUUUAUUUGCAUGCUAACAGUCUAUCCAUACAUAGGUGAGUCCAAAUCUAUAUAAGUCUCCCUGACUGUUUGCAACAACAACAAAACAUCACAUGUAUUUGUAAAUGUGUGAAUUAAUGUAAUGUCUGUUUUACAUAUUCAACUCAUUUCAUACCUUUUAUUUUUAUAUGUUUUCCAUCAAUAUAUGUUUGUAAAACAUACCCAAUGACCCGACGGGUCUCGUUUCCCUUGUAAGCAAUUUCAUUCCCAUAUUAAUCAUAUAAAGGUCUCUUCUUAUCAGUUUUUUUUAUUGCAAGGGAGGGAGAGUCAUUUAUUAGGGUGUUACUAAUUAAAAUGUACAAUUUCAUUUGUAUUGCCUAUUAUUUCAUUUGGCACUCUUUCCAAUUCAAUAUAAUUAACUAAAUUCUACAAUCUAUAAAGUUCUCAUUAAUAUACCUUGCAAAAUGUCACGUUUCCAGAAAACGAUUUUGUUGAACAUAUCAACUUUGGUAAUUCAUUAUAUAAGCAUGUUUGUCGCACACAUUAUUUACAACAAUAUUUCAUAUUUUCACUAAUUUCACUUACAAUAUGAUAAAGGUUCGUCGAUUUGUUGAGCUUUUGUUUUCUGCCUGCAGAUUCUAUUUUUUAACUGGCAAAUUUUAGCUAUAAUUGUGUUAUUUAUAUUAUUUUUACUUCGGUCGAAUCGGGUUUAGACAGCGGAUUUUAACCCUAACUCUAACCCUAUUUUACUCAUCAUAAUACAUAACUGUAUUGUUUGAUGUCGUGUAAUUAAAGCCUCCCACUGGACAUAACUCGUUCAAUAUGAUUAAUAUGUGCAAUUUUUCAGAGGCGAAACUUGUUAGACAGGCCAGUAUUGUUGUAUUUGUUGGCCCUUGUUUGACUAAUUAUGUGUAUGGUUAUACAUUGUAUACCCUUGACACAUUCAAUAUCGCCUAUUAUCGCUCAAAUAGAUGAACUAAAUCAAACGAGUGUAGUACAGAAUAUUGAAAUAAAAGAUAUGUCGUAAUAGUUAUUUUCUAUGGUUUUAAUUAUCUAGUUAUGUCAUUAAUUUUAACUUUUAUAAUGUAUUUGACUUCUACAAUUUUAAGAAUAAAGAUCAACAUCAAUUCUAAA